AUGGUGGCAGAUGCAUCGGACACAGAAGGAGAGGAGGCGGCCAUGAGCGUAGGGAACUAUAGGAUGCCAGAUCACUGGUUCAAGCAGUGCCCACAUAGAGCCCCACCUGGAAGGGGGCGGGCUAAAGGGGGGAACGGAUCAGAGAGACCAUAUAUCCAGACACCCCAGGAGGCUGUCCCAUUUCCGCAACAACCGAACCAGGGUCACAUUGCCCCUAAUGCUAUGGCCGCCCCCUAUGGCCAGUUUGUCCUCGGGGAGUACAGAAUGGCUCGUGAUUUGAGAACCAUUAAUGCUAUUACGACUACAGCUCUGAUACCAGUUCCUAACCCCUACACGGCUAUCUGUAAUGUCUCACCUGAACAUACAUGGUUCACCUGUAUUGACCUAGCCAACGCUUUCUUCUGCAUACCUCUGGCAGAGAGUAUGAGACCUAUUUUUUCUUUUACAAUAGGAGGGGAGAAACUACAAUACACAAGACUACCACAAGGCUUCAGUUUGUCUCCAGGAAUAUUCAACAAAGUGCUCAGGGAACAGCUAGAGGGCGUUACAUUGCCAGUGGGGGUAGUAUUAAUACAGUAUGUAGACGACCUUCUCAUCGCAGCACUUUCUGCAGCCUCUUGUUUGGAAGCCACCAGACACCUACUGGUGCGCCUCCACACAUCAGGGUUCAAAGUCUCCAAGAAAAAGCUACAAUGCACCCGUAAAGAGGUGACAUUUUUGGGCAGAGUGAUUUCCCCAGCAGGCACGGGCAUGUCAGCAGCGCAUCAGGAACACAUUUUGAACCACCCGAAACCCAAGACAGUCAAAGACAUGUUGUCUUUUUUGGGCCUCACAGGCUACAGCAGACACUACAUCCCAGAGUAUAACCCAAGAACAGCUGAACUCAGAAAACUCAUCAACGAGAAAGGCAUGCGCAAUCUCACUGCCACACUAGACUGGACACAAGCGGCAGAAGCUGCGUUCAUUUCUCUCAAACAAUCCAUGUCCCAAGUCACGGCUCUCGCCGCUGCAUCCUAUGCAUUACCAUUCUUUCUUGAUGUUUCUGAAAAUGAAGACACAGUAAAUGGGAUUCUUUUUCAGAAAAAGGGGGGUUGUAGGACAAUAUUGAUGUAUGUCAAUGUUACACUGGACAGAGUGGAAAACAGAGAACCUCCCUGCAUGAGACACGCGGCAGGUACAGCACGUAUCUUAAACAAGAUUUCACACAUUGUGAUGGGUCAUCCUUUGACAGUACUGACAACACACAGCAUUGUCUCUUUUGUGAACUCAAGUGCAUUCACAAUGACUUCAACGAGACAAACAAGGCUGGAGAAAACUCUGACAAAGGCACACAUCACAUACACACACAAAGGAGUUAACAGCGCAGACACCAUAGGUAGCGGAGAGCCCCAUAGGUGUGAGGAAAGAAUCAUUCAAAAUGUGAAGCUAAGAAUAGAUCUCAGAGACGAGCCCAUCCCACAGGCAGAAAACCUGUUCACAGACGGCUGUUGUUUUAGACACCCCCAAAACGGCCUCCAAGCAGCCUAUGCCGUGGUAAAACAAAAACCUGAGGGAAACUUUGAGGAAGUAUCAGCUGGAGAAGUAACAGGGAAAGUAUCAGCACAGUUGGCAGAAGUAAUGGAAGUCAUUGCAGCAUUAGAGCUAUCAAAAGGAAAGGAUGUAAACAUCUACACUGAUUCAGCAUAUGUCCACGGCGUAAUUCACGUGGAAAUGCGACAAUGGUUGAGAGCAGGAUUUGUAACGUCCACAAAUACCCCCAUCAAACAUGAGAAAGAGAUCAAAAGGCUUGCAGAAGCAGUAAUGUUGCCCAACAAGUUAGCUUUACUUAAGUGUAAAGGUCACAACGCAGAAAACAACUACUUGGCUUGGGGUAACAAUGCAGCAGACAAAGCAGCUAAAGAGAAGGCAGGAUAUACACCAUGGUAUCAAAUGCUUGUCUUAAAAUCUGCUGACUUGCUGCCCGCAAUAACAGAUGAGACGCUUAAAGAAGCUCAAGAAGCAGGGUCUCCUCAAGACAAAAAACUAUGGUCAAACAGGGGAGCUACCAACAAAGAUGGGAUAUGGUACUCCCCAGAUGGGAGAUCGGUUAUACCCCCAGAGUGGAUAAGAUCCAUGCUUAAAGAAGCACACGGCCCAACGCAUUGUGGUAAAACUCAGAUGAACAGGCACCUGACCCACUGGUGGCACCCAUACCUACCAGACAUGAUAGCAAAUCACCUAGAAGAGUGUGUAAUUUGCUUAACCCAUAACAUCAGAGCCACUGUGAAACCACACCAGGGAAAGUUUCCUUUACCUAAGAUGGCAGGAGAAGAAAUCAUCAUUGACUACACUGACAUGAUUGACAAAGUAAGAGGAUUCAGAUAUUUGUUAGUAGUAGUAGAUGGAUACACAGGUUGGCCAGAAGCUAUCCCUUGCAGAAGAGAAGAUGCAGACUCAGUGAUCAAAUUCCUAGUCACGCAUUACAUUCCAUUACAUGGAUUUCCUAGGAAAGUGAGGUCAGACAAUGGCAGCCAUUUCAAGAACCAUGACCUACGCACAGUAGAAGAGUCCCUAGGACUAAGACACAGUUUUGGAGCAGUUUAUCAUCCACAGUCUCAGGGAAAAGUGGAAAGGAUGAACCAGAACUUAAAACAAAAACUCAGCAAAGCAUGUGAAGAGACAGGCAUGAAAUGGUUAGACGCAUUGCCUCUAGCUCUUAUGUCAAUCAGGAGCUCCAUUAACAAAGGGACAGGUUUCUCUCCAUUUGAGCUCACUUAUGGUCACCAGUUCCCAGGUCCAGGAGCCCUAAGUGUAGGAAAGGAAGUAGAGGUUCUGAGUUCGAAACCAUACUUCCAGCAACUUAAGGGAUUAGUGGCAGAUUUUUCCACCCAGGUUGCAGAGGCAAAAGGGGGACCCGAGAAACACGAAGCGAACACUGCGGAGUUCGUCUGGCUGAAAGCGAUCAGACCCAAGUGGCUGAGACCCAGGUUCUCUGGACCCCAUCGGGUGAUGCAGAGGACAUCUCACGCUGUCCGCUUGGAAGGGAAAGGAGACAUCUGGUACCACUGGAAUCAGUGCGCAGUGGGGAAACCUCCGGGAAGGACCCUAGACGACAUCAUCACGGACGUGGUCCGCGCAGAGGAGGAGGAACCAGAGGACAACACUCCUAUCACCGACCCAGAAGUCGCCAUAAGCGGGCGGGCUGAAGAGGACGUCGAGGAACGGCCCUGAGGGAACGAGGCAGAGCGGGGUGGAUCAACGCUUCCAGAUGGCGUCUGUCUCCUCCACCGGAGGCUGGCGUGUGAAAGCUGUCAUCAUCCUCCUCGUGCUGGGCCUGCUGUACCUGUCC